AUGGCCGUGGCAGCAAGACGGCAGAAAUCGCAACCGACCCUCCUACCCAGACUGGCUAGAAAUGUAACCGACUUGUUGUGGAAAACCCUACGGUCGAUGUCGUACUCCAUCUCGACCAUCCGUGCCCUCUGUCUCUUGUGUACUUGGCCGUUUCCCACAAGCAGCAGCACGUCAGAACCUACCUUUAUGCUUGUGGGUAGCAUGCUACAAAUGAGUACGCAGAUGGGUCUUCAUUGUGCCCUUGAUGCUCAAGACUUUGUCAAAGUUCCAUUACAGCUCGAUGUAUCUGAGCGUUCCGAAUGGGCACAGACUUGGGAGGCAUGUAACAUUGUGGCUAUAAGUGUCAGCAUUGGUUGCGGCCUACCGCUAUUCUUCCAGAUGUACGAGACUCCAUCAGUCGAGUCCUCUGCAGCUGAUUCACCUUUUUAUUUGCAACUUCAAAUAGAAAGGUUCAAGCUUCGUGUCUCCUCAUCAUUUGCGAGACCUAUCCCGACAGAUGCUGAAGGCGCCUUGACGCGUGAACGAUCGACCAUGUAUAAUCUACUGAAUUCGGAUCUGGAUGAGCUUGAGAAGCGACUUUCUGGGUCCUGUGACAUCGAGACUUGGUAUUGCAUGGCUGCAAGACUGCAUCUUCAGGCCUUCUACCUUUUCGACCAUUCUGCAAUGGAGGGUUACAAAAACCGAACUGUAGCACUCUUCUCCACAGCCUACAAUCUCAUGGACCUUAGCCAACGGCUUAAUGAACGACCCCAAGGAUUCUUUGACUAUUACCCUUUCUUCUGUUACCAGACAUAUGUCAACGCUGCAUUCGUUCUGCUUAAGAUCCUUACAAAUGGAUUUUUCAACACCAUCAUAGAUAUUCAAGGUGGCAAACAACUUCUGGAGUCUGCUAUUACUGCACUUCGACAGAUGAGUGUUGUGAACAACGAUCUACCAGCUCGGCUAGGUGACAUCAUUGGCUUCUUUUGCGCUCUUCCUGAUCCUGCCGUUGUCGGGGGUGUUACAGUCACAGAUUUACAGUUGAAACAAGUCAGAAAUAGACUUAGUAUGAGCGUGGUUUACGAUUGCUUGUGGACAUGGAGAAGGCAUUUUCGAACUCAUCAGCCGGAUACUGAUUAA